AAAAGUACCAAAUAGUACUUUUAAGAAAUUUCAAUGGUGGAAAAAUUAUAUAAAGUUGUUGCCCUAGUUUGUCAUAAUAAACCCCCCUAAACACCCCCAACCCAUAUGCACACUUUUCUUUGUUUUUCUCUUAGUUCUGUAUACAAUGUCGGACGGUCUGGAGAGUGAUAAGAACAUUGAAAUCUGGAAGAUUAAAAAACUUAUCAAGGCACUUGAGGCUGCUAGAGGCAAUGGAACCAGCAUGAUUUCACUUAUCAUGCCUCCACGUGAUCAAGUAUCUCGUGUUACCAAGAUGCUUGGAGAUGAGUUUGGAACUGCAUCAAAUAUUAAGAGCAGAGUGAAUCGGCAAUCUGUGCUUGGUGCAAUCACGUCUGCUCAGCAGAGGCUGAAACUCUACAACAAGGUUCCACCGAAUGGGCUUGUCCUUUACACCGGAACAAUUGUGACUGAUGACGGGAAAGAGAAGAAGGUUACAAUUGAUUUUGAGCCGUUCAAGCCCAUUAAUGCAUCACUCUAUCUUUGUGAUAACAAGUUCCACACGGAAGCCUUGAAUGAACUUUUGGAAUCGGAUGACAAAUUUGGAUUUAUAGUGAUGGAUGGGAAUGGCACUCUUUUUGGGACAUUGAGUGGCAACACCCGUGAGGUCCUUCAUAAGUUUAGCGUUGAUCUUCCCAAAAAACACGGAAGAGGAGGACAAUCAGCCUUGCGUUUUGCUCGUCUCCGGAUGGAGAAACGACACAACUAUGUGAGGAAGACAGCAGAGCUUGCAACCCAAUUUUAUAUAAAUCCUGCCACCAGCCAGCCCAAUGUCUCCGGCCUGAUACUAGCUGGUUCUGCUGACUUUAAAACUGAGCUGAGUCAGUCUGAUAUGUUUGAUCCUCGUCUUCAGGCGAAGAUUCUAAAUGUGGUUGAUGUUUCUUAUGGAGGGGAAAAUGGUUUCAACCAAGCAAUUGAGCUUUCUGCUGAGAUCUUAGCCAAUGUGAAGUUUAUACAAGAGAAGAAAUUGAUCGGCAAGUACUUUGAAGAGAUUAGUCAGGACACAGGGAAGUAUGUCUUUGGGGUUGAUGAUACAUUAAAAGUUCUGGAAAUGGGUGCUAUUGAGACACUUAUUGUGUGGGAAAAUCUGGAUAUUACGAGGUAUGUGCUGAAAAAUAGCAGUUCUGGAGAAAUUGUUGUCAAACACUUGAACAAGGACCAGGAGGCUGAUCAGAGUAACUUCCGUGAUCCUGCUACAAAUGCUGAAUUAGAGGUUCAGGAAAAGUUGUCACUGCUCGAGUGGUUUGCUAACGAGUACAGGAGAUUUGGUUGCAGUCUGGAAUUUGUCACCAACAAGUCACAAGAAGGGUCUCAGUUUUGCCGAGGUUUUGGUGGCAUUGGAGGACUCCUCCGUUAUCAGCUUGAUGUUCGAGCUUUUGAUGAGCUUUCUGAUGAUGGGGAAGUUUUCGAAGACUCUGAAUAGCAAUUACCAACUUCUCAAGUACCAGCGCAGAAGUUGAGCGGAAAAGCCUGUACUGGUGUGCAAGGGCUAUCGCCUGAUUUGUUCACUCAUGUUCUAAGUGAAAAAUUUCGAAGAGCUCUUCUGAUGGAUGACCUGCGUGGAGAACCUAAAUUGUCAUCAAACUUCCUCAUGCGCUCAUUCAGGAAAAGUUGUCACUGCUCCAACCCUGUUCAGUUCCAGAGCGAUUCAGGUGGUUGAAAGAAUGAACAGAUGUAGCAGUGUGGCAAUUGUUUUCCCAUUGAAGAUGGAGAGCAUCAAAAACUUUAUGUUAUGCACUUCUUGGAGGAGUGAUGCAUAUGAAUAAUGUUAUUUAUAUUUAUUUAUCUAUAGAGUAUGAUUAUGACUCUGCAUGAAGUUUUUAUGUUUAAAUUUUGAUGAUAAUUUGAUGUCAUGGGAUUUUUUAUGAAUGUUAUUGUAUAAGCGCACCGGCCAUCUUUCCGGCACUA